UGUGUCUGUAAUACGGCAGGAACAGCCUCCCGCUUUACGGCAGCGUACUACUUCCUUUCACAGCGGCGGUCGGAGCGGCAGCAGCGCCUCGGAGGACUGGUUGGACUAAACCGCCCGAAAGGAGCUCACGGCUGUUACGAUCAUGGCGAAGUUCCACGCCCCUGUGAUCCAGGACAAUCCAUCAGGAUGGGGUCCCUGUGCGGUCCCAGAGAAGUUUAAAGACAUGCCCUACCAGCCCUUCAGCAAAGGAGACCGUCUGGGGAAGGUCGCUGACUGGACUGGGGCGACUUAUCAGGACAAGAGAUACACAAACAAGUAUUCCUCUCAGUUUGGAGGCGGCAGCCAGUAUGCCUAUUUUCAUGAGGAGGACGAGACGAGCUUCCAGCUGGUGGACACUGCCAAGACGCAGAAGACUGCCUACCAGAGGAACCGCAUGAGGUUUGCUCAGAGGAAUUUGCGCAGGGACAAGGACCGUAGGAAUCUGACCCAGUUCAACAUGCAGACUCUGCCUAAGAGUGCCAAGCAGAAGGAGAGGGAUCGCAUGCGCCUGCAGAAGAAGUUUCAGAAGCAGUUUGGUGUGCGUCAGAAGUGGGACCAGAAAUCCCAGGCCCAGCUGAAACCCAGAGAUUCCUCUGUGGAGGUGAGGAGCGACUGGGAGGUGAAGGAGGAGAUGGACUUCCCCAGACUGAUGAAGAUGAGAUACAUGGAGGUGGCUGACCCCACUGACAUUGAGUGCUGUGGUGCCUUGGAGUACUAUGACAAGGCUUUUGACCGCGUCACCACUCGCAAUGAGAAGUCACUCAAAAGCAUCAAGAGGAUCUUCCACACCGUCACUACUACCGAUGACCCUGUCAUCCGCAAGCUGGCUAAGACACAAGGCAAUGUGUUUGCCACUGAUGCCAUCUUGGCCACCUUGAUGUGCUGCACUCGCUCAGUCAACUCUUGGGACAUCAUUGUGCAGAGAGUGGGCAACAAGCUCUUUUUUGACAAGAGAGACAACUCUGACUUUGAUUUGCUAACGGUGAGUGAGACGGCUAAUGAGCCCCCCCAGGACGAGGGCAACUCCUUCAACUCUCCCCGUAACUUGGCAAUGGAGGCCACAUACAUCAACCACAACUUUAGCCAGCAGUGUUUGCGCAUGGGUGGAGAGCGUUACAAGUUCCCCAACCCCAAUCCAUUUGUGGAGGAGGACAUGGAUAAGAGUGAGGUGGCAUCUGUUGCCUACAGGUACCGCCGCUGGAAGCUUGGGGAUGACAUCGACCUGAUUGUGCGCUGUGAGCAUGAUGGAGUGAUGACAGGUGCCAACGGAGAAGUGUCCUUCAUCAACAUCAAGACCCUCAAUGAGUGGGACUCCAGGCAUUGUAACGGAGUGGACUGGCGUCAGAAGCUGGACUCCCAGAGAGGAGCCGUCCUGGCCACUGAGCUGAAGAAUAACAGCUACAAACUGGCUCGCUGGACCUGCUGUGCUAUGCUGGCUGGAUCCGAGUACCUCAAGCUGGGGUAUGUGUCUCGUUACCACGUAAAGGACUCUGCUCGCCACGUCAUCCUGGGCACCCAGCAGUUCAAACCCAACGAGUUUGCCAGCCAGAUCAACCUGAGCAUGGAGAACGCCUGGGGCAUCCUCCGCUGUGUCAUCGACAUCUGCCGCAAGCUGGACGAGGGCAAGUACCUCAUCCUCAAGGACCCCAACAAGCAAGUGAUUCGAGUGUACAGCCUGCCUGAUGGGACCUUCAGUUCAGAUGAAGAUGAGGAAGAGGAAGAUGAGGAGGAUGAGGAGGAAGAAGAUGAAGAGAAUUGAGGUGUGGAGACUGCUUGAGUGACCAAAGUGGCCUGCACCACACACUUUGACACACACCUAAACUCCUUUUGACAUUCAAUAAAAAAUAUUAAAGAUUAGCCAAUCUAA